GCUGUUAUGUGCAAACAUAACAACCAGUUGUUGUGCAAAUGUGGAAUGAUUUGUCACUGCUGAAGCGGUUUCUGGAGUUAAUGAUCAAAACUACCAACAUGUCUUAGAUGAAAGAAGUUAAAGAAGUGCAAGAGACUAUUGUGGAAUUUAAUAACAGUGAUUUAGGGGGCUGGGGAAGCAGACUUUGAAUAACUGGGAAACAGCAACUCAAUUUUAGCUUAGAAAUAAUGGUGGGGUUAGGGGGCAUCCUCCUGCUUAGACUAGUGAAUUGGAAAGUUUUCUUGUCUAAGGAGUCUCCUUUUUAAGCAGCUUAUAGUAAGUGGAAACAUAUAUGUGUUUAGAAUGCAAAAUGUUCUGCCACUGAUAAGUUUGUCUAUAAAACUUGUAUAAGAGCUUGGGACCCAGGAUGUGGGAUAUCGUCCUUGUUAAAAGGCAUCCCUGAGGUUCCUCUUCAGCUCAUAGACAACAGACAUUUGAACCCAAGGUAGUUUCCUCUGGAACAGCCAGCCAGUUCAUUCAUUUUUUUGUUUUCUCUCACUUGAUUCCAAAGAUAAGAAUAUCAGAUGGCAUCUGGGGAUUUCUGCUCACCUGGAGAGGGGAUGGAAAUACUUCAACAAGUGUGCGGCAAACAGCUUCCUCCUUGUAACCUGAGUGAAGAGGACUUGUUACAGAACCCACACUUCAGCAAACUGCUGCUGAGUCUCUCACAACAUGUGGACGAGAGUGGCUUAAGCCUCUCCCUGGCAAAGGAGCAGGCUCAGGCAUGGAAGGAAGUUCGACUCCACAAGACAACAUGGCUGAGGUCUGAGAUUUUACAUAGAGUAAUUCAAGAGCUGCUUGUGGACUACUAUGUGAAGAUACAAGAUGCAAAUUUAACUUCUGAGGACAAAAAGUUUCAUGAGACCCUUGAACAGCGGCUACUCGUGACUGAACUAACACAGCUGUUAGGUCCUAGCCAGGAGAGGGAGACUCCUUCACUGCUAGGACUGGAGAAAGCAGACCUUCUGGAGCUCAUGCCACCCUCAGAGGAUUUUGUGUGGAUGAGGGCCCGGCUCCCGCUCGAAGUGGAGGAACAGCUUAAGAAGAAAUGUUUCACUUUGCUUUGCUACCACAAUCCCAGUUCUGAUUCAGACAGUGAAACCCUGAAGGCAGCAAAGGCAUGGAAACUGGCAGAGGUCCUGGUGAGUGAGAAGCAGCAGUGCCAGGAUGCCAAGAGUGAGCAGAAGGACCAGAUGGUGCUGCUGGAGAAGAAGAGUGCCACCUACUCCCAGGUGCUUCUCCGCUGCCUCACCUUACUGCAGAGACUUCUUCAAGAACACCGGCUAAAGACUCAGUCUGAGCUAGACUGCAUCAAUGCCCAGUACCUGGAGAUUAAGUGUGGUGCCAUGAUCCUUAAGUUGAGGAUGGAGGAGCUAAAGAUUCUGUCUGACACUUAUACUGCUGAGAAAGUGGAAGUUCAUCGUCUCAUUAGGGACCGUUUGGAGGGGGCCAUUCGUCUACAAGAACAGGACAUGGAGAAGUCCCGACAGGUCCUGAACUCCUAUGAAGUCCUUGGGGAGGAGUUUGACAGGCUGGUGAAAGAGUACACCCAACUCAAGCAGGCAACUGAGAACAAACGCUGGGCACUUCAGGAGUUCAACAAGGCCUACCGCUGAAUGUGGCUGGCCAGAUGGCAUGGCUUGUGCACUGAUGCUGCCUCCUCCUCUUCCUGCUAAAAGGAGACCUCCACCUGGGGCCAUCUUCACUCAAGGGAGUAUGGGACACUUGCUUGAAACACUGCAGUCAUUUACAAACCUUCUGGUUUCUCUUCCUGAUUACAAUGACUGAAUCUCUUCUGGAGAAUGUAUCUGAUUUAUAUAAUUUUUUUUUAAAGAUUUUAUUUAUUUACUUUUAGAGAGGGGAAGGGAGGGAGAAAGAGGGAGAGAAACAUCAGUGUGUGUUGCCUCUUGCGCGCCCCCUGCUGGGGACCUGGCCCACAAGCCAGGCAUCUGCUCUAGACUGGGAAUCAAACCAGCAACCCUUUGGUUCUCAGGCCGGCGCUCAAUCCACUGAGCCACGCCAGCCAGGGUGAUUUAUAUACUUUUAUGCAGUAUAUUUAGCUAUUUUUCCAGUGUCAGCCCUUUAUUGUAUUUGAUUAUCUUCUGAAUAAAGUGAUACUAUUGAGUCUUAAGGUUUUAGUCAUUUUUCCUUUGGGCAAAGAUGGAAAAAGAGUAUCAAAGGCUGUGAGUGUAAGGAGGGGGAACUGAGUAGAUAUAAACAAAAGACAGAUCUACAGUGCUUACACAAAGGGUGGAAGGGAGAAGUGCCAGCCUACCCACGUGGAGUCUUUGGGACUUCAUUCUUAGAGAGCAAGAGUGGAUUAAAACUGGGCUUGCUCUUGAAGAACUACAGUCUGCAGAGGAGUGCUAGAUGUU